AUGCAUCCAGAGCAGCCACCAGUCAUCUUUUCACCAACUCAGGCUCUUCUUAUUCUUGCACUCAUCUUUGUAGUUCCGGUCCUCCUUCUAAACCCAGUGUUUGACGUAAGUCGGACCCUGGCCAUGCUAUUCGAGGCGCUGGGGCUCGGAUUCUUGCUCGGGAAAUCGACAGACGACGAGUCGUAUAGCUAUGAUCACCGAAAAGACAAGCGCAAGAAAAUUAUUCGCUCCAGAGCAGAGCAGGCGGCUAGCACAUCAGAGGCUUCUCAUCACUCUGGAAAGUAUUAUCCUGGUCUUGUCAACAUUUCCGGCACCUACUGCUUCCUAAAUUCCACUCUUCAAGCUAUGGCAUCUCUAUCAUAUCUCCAGCCAUACCUCGAUUCCACGCAUGCAAAAGCAGAUCUCGCCGAUGUUCCGACGCCAGUGCUUGACGCUCUUGUCGCACAAAUGCAUAGCCUCAAUAGUCCUUCGUCAAGACAUACGAGCCUCCGGCCUACAGAACUCAUUCAUGCCCUUUCCACUCCGACACCAGGCUUCAAACGCGGGACUUUGUUUGCAUCAAGAGAACACCAAGAUGCGCAAGAGCUCUUCCAACUGAUCACGGAGACGCUCAAGGAGGAGGCACGCGCGGUGGACACCGAAACAACCAAGGAUAGAGGCCUCGGUGGACUUGGAACGCCGCACCAGGUUUACCUUCAACGAUCCGCACGUGAACCCGGCAAAGGAGUCUUCGAGGGCCUCACUGCGAACCGGAGGAGCUGCGUAAUGUGUGGUUAUACAGAGGCUGUCAUGCAUUUUACUUUUGACAACCUUCAACUUACCAUCCCUCGCGUCUCUCAGUGCAGGAUCGAAGAUUGCCUAGAGGAUUUUACACGAAUGGAAAUCUUGACCGAUUGCAUUUGCCGCAAGUGCUCCAUGACAGCGACACUAAGGAAGCUGGAAGCUGAUGCAAUCAGAAUCGCGACACCUGUCGACGGAGUCGAGACAUCUUCCCGGAAGAAGCGUACCAAGGAUGUCAAGAAACUGGCGGCAAAAGUCAAGGAAGCACUCGAGACAGGGAGAAUAGAAGAAGACAUCAAAGGUGUGACACUGGAGAAGGUUAUAAGCAAGUCCUCCACGAAACAGGCCAUGAUUGCCCGGGCUCCUCCUGUUCUAGCCCUGCACCUCAAUCGUUCAGCUUUUUACGGACAUUAUGCGGCAAAGAACAAUUGCAGCGUAUCUUAUCCGGAGAUCCUGGACCUGACUCCAUUCACCACGUCCGGAGCGUUGUCCACGUCCCCACAAUCGCCGAUAUCCAAGCCGACGCCCGGCAUACCGCCUCGCAGUUCAACUCCCACCCCCUCUACCUAUUCAAACCCACGAACCCUUUAUCGCCUCGCGUCUGUUGUGUGCCACUAUGGCGCACACUCCUAUGGGCAUUAUGUCGCAUACCGACGGAAACCUAGAGAUCCCUCCCUUCGAAGCUCCCGGUGGAACCCUCCACAACUUCAAUGCCCGUAUGGAUGUACAUGCGACAAGUGCGAAGAGUUUGGGCCCGUGCGUGAGCCAAAUCCUUUCGCCGAUGUCACUAUUACGCCCUCGCGUAAAGGAAAAGAGCGUUCGUGGGAGACCAAGCAAGAUGUUUGGCUACGGAUAUCCGACGAAAGUGUCAAGGAGGUUGACUUGGAAACUGUCCUCUCGGAGAGGACAGGUAGCUUCAUGCUCUUCUACGAAAAAGUGCUACCAUUCCAGAGUGAUGGUGACCGAACAUCACCUAUGAGCUCGCAAGAGACGGUGACGCCACAUCAAGAAGAAAGAAAAGUAAAGCCAGAAGACUUGAUGGAUCACGAUCGUCUUCAACCAUUCACCGCUAGGAUUGUCAGGAGUGUUUCCGUUGGGAGGAGUAGAGAAGGUAGCGUGAUAUUGGGUUCGGCAUCUGAUGUCGGAGCCGAGCCCACGGAAACUACACCGGCCAACUCGCAUCCGAACGGUCAUGCUGACCCUCAGUUGCCAAAUGGGAGCGCGUCAACAGCUCAUGAUACUACCAAUGGGACGAAAAAGCCUCACUAUCCAUCUAGCCACGUAUCCGGACCUCCGCUACUAUCUCCAUCACCUCAAUGUGUUCCCCAGAGUCUGUCUCCCACGCGGACGGUCGAUCUAGUGGCAUAA